UCUUCCCAAGCCUUAGCCUCGGACUUCGAAUCGAGCAACUUUAUGCUCUUUUUAUGCGGCCUUUGUCUCUCCAUUUUCGAGCUUUUAAAUCGUCACUGAACUUAGUCUGGAAAAUCAACGGCUAAGUAUUCGGUUUGAUCGAGAAAUUUGGAUGGCGGCUGUGGCUGGAGCAAGGUCGUCGACGUUGAAUCCGGACGCCCCGAUGUUCAUCCCGGCGGCGUUUCGUCAAGUAGAGGAUUUCUCUCCUGAAUGGUGGGAGCUUGUCAAGACAUCCACGUGGUUCCGUGAUUACUGGCUAAGCGAGCAUCAGGAGGAGAGCUUCGCAGCGGAUGACGACGAGGGAGAUGCAGCCAAUUUGUUACCGGAUUAUUUUGACCUCAGCUUCGAUGAUGAGUUCCUUGAUCUCGAUACUCAGUUCCAGGAGUUCCUCGAAUCCGAAAGCAAAGAAAGACCAGAAGAAAAGAACCAGCGAAACGGUUUUGGAAAUAAUAAGGAUGCGAAGGCCGUGUUAAGGAGUUUGAGCAUGCCAAAAUCUCCAGUGGAGAAAAGUCCGAAGUCCAGGUGUUUUGAGAAGGCAAGUAAGUGCGUGAGUCCCAGGCCACGAGUACGACGAAUCCAGCAACCCCGUUGAGAUUAUUAUGUAUUUCGAUUGGAGUUGUUGGCUUUGGAUUUGGUUCUUACUUAUUACAGCCAGCAGCUCACUCUGUCACUGGUUGCAGUAGUUGUAUUAGUUUCUUAGCUCCAACUUCCAAGUCAAAAUCGUUGUACAUAGGUGUUUGCAGCUUUUGUGGUUGUCUACGGAUUGGGUUCAGUUUCACCUUUUGUUUCUACUUUAUGUGUAACACUAGUUAUGUAAGAAUAUAUGGAAAAUGUUAUGCGACGAAGGUCUAACUUUUUUAUUUCUCUAAGAGCUUGUAGUCUUUCUCCAAGGUGGAUCGAACAAAACAUACCUUUAAGUUUGGAUUAAUGUGUAAAUUAGU